AUGUCGGAUGUUCUGGAGGAAGAAGUUGUGCUGGCUGAUGUAAAGAUUAUCCGUUCCCUGAUAUUGGGCGAGUUGGAACGAGGUCAGAGACAGUUCCAGGGUUUGUGUUUCAUCACCAGACUCCACAAGAAUGAAAUGAUUCCCAGUGAAUCGAUGGCCAAGCUGCGUCAGAAGAAUCCGAGAACUGUCCGUGUGGCAGAGGAACAGCGAGGUCCUGAGCACCUGUACAUGGAUGUUGCAGUGAAUUACAGCAAGGCCAGCCACCUGAGUGUCCACAUCAACAGCGCCUGUGCAGAGGCCACUGAUGCAGUCUACACAAGACAGAGCGAUGUGAAAUACUGGAUCGAGAAAGGUAUAGAUCCUUCGAUCUUCGAAGUGGUGGCAGUUUCCGAGGACGUGCCGCACUGCCGGCUGAGUCGGGAUCGCUGGAAAGGCUGCAUCUGCCGCUACUCCCUCUGUAUCGAGUGGUACCCAUGCUUCCUGAAAUACUGUCGCACAAAAGACUCUGCAGGCAAGACCAGCUCUUACAAAUGUGGCAUCAAAAGCUGCCAGAAAUGCUCGCAUUUUGACUUCUAUGUCCCGCAGAAACAGCUGUGCCUGUGGGAUGAAGAUAUUUAACCAUUUCUGUUGCCCAUUUGCUCGGACCAGCUGACAGAAGAUGGCUGCAGGGGAGAGCUGAAUCCCCCCCUUGUAGAAACGAGGCUGGAGUGUAAGUGUUUGAGAUUCUGGGCUCAGGGAUGGUAUGGCCGUGUGAGGGACAAACAAAACAGAAUCCAAUGGGACUGGGGUUCAGUGAGGGAAGUUCUGGCUUGUGCUCAGUCACCUCCCCCCUUCCCCAUUCCUCCCCUUCCCCUUCCCCCUCCUUCCCUCUUCCCUAACUGGGCAGGGGCACUGGAGUUCUUAGGGUUACUGGGUCAGUAGUUCCAGUUUGGGACAGUCCCCCGACCCUCUCCACUCCCCUGUACGGACGAAGGAGGUCCUGAAUGGUUUCACUGUCGCUGAGGACAAUGACUGUGCAUUGGGAAUUCUUACUGAGUGUCUGUCAUUAGGGUUCGUCUGAUUUACCCUUUGAUUACUUGGAGGACUAACUAAUAUCACAGUUUACUUAAAUUCUGAUUAAUUCCAGUGCUGUUUUCCAACAGUCCAGAUGGUGAGGUUAUCUGGGUCCAUUCACAGUAAUGAAAUUCCAGAGGAGAAUUUCCAAUCUCUCUGGUUUCUGAAGCUUCAGUAAUUAAUGUCUGCAAUAUAUUGGUGUUUGCUGAACAAGUUAGAUAUCUCUCGGGUCAGAUAGUGGGGUGUGGGGCUAAACCUGAGUCAGAGAGAACCACGUUCCACUGUGGGCUUUCCUCCAAGUUCAACCACCUUUAACGUAAUGCUCACCACCCCCUGCAACCCCCCCACCCACCCCCACAUUUGUGACCAGCAUCUUAUCAGCUUCACAGAGUGGUCCAGUCUUUCAGGAGGAGGUUCUCACUGAUUCCACAGCCCAGGGGACUGACUUGUUGAAUGGUAUCAGGAUGUUGCGUUUUCUCCAGUGUUGGACCUCCAUCCUGAACUUGCUGUUUGUCAGCAACCACUUUGAUUUGUGAUUGCCCUUAUUUUGUGUCAGAGAGGCUUGUGGUUGAGGUUUUGUUGAAGUCUGAGCCUUGGCUGUUUCAGUUGUGUUCAGGUGUCCUGGUUCAGAACCAGCUGUUACUGAUGGAGGUCUGAAAGUCUGCAGUUAACAUUUGUGUUGUCUACCAGAGGUGGGGGUGGGGCUGGGGGGGUGCACCUGAAUACCAAGGAAAAAUCGGAGAAAUUGGUAAAUUGGUAGAUUCUUGCCAUCUCCUCAGUGUGUUUCACCGAUUGCUGCCUUAAUUUCCCUCAAUGUAUAACACAUUCUGCAGCUAGUGACUUGACUGUGACUGACCUGUGAAGAUUGAACUUUGCAGAUUUUGGAUAUGAAAUAAUGGGAUUUAUAGUUUCACCAAGAUACUUUUCUUCAUUUUUUAAUCACAUAGUUUCUUUGUUGAUUUAAUCUAAAUAUUUCAAAUGGUUCCAGUUCUUUGUACCUCUCUGUAUUUUCCAAAUGCCACAAGGAGAAGGAUUUUCUACUCUGUGUAUAUGUUAUUUGUAAAACAUCCGUCCUGUGAAACUCUAAGUCAGUGUUUCCGAAGAUUGAAGAAUAUAGUCUUAUUUCAAAGGAUCAUCCUCCUUGACCUGAGUUCUCCAGAAGCCAGAGUCCUUUUAAAUUUCAGUUUAAACGUCUGAAUCACCCCCAAAAAUUAUUCAUUGUAAAAUGGAAGUCUGAGGGUUAGCUGCAAGGAAAGAGUUUAAUCGUUGCCACAGUAUUGAGUUCUUAUCAGUGUUUUCCUUGAGGAAUGUGUUUGUGAAUUAAAAACUAAAAUGAAACUGAGUAACCAAAGAUGUAGGAAGCUGUCCCCAGCUCCUUUUAAAUCAACAUUUCCUUUUUGUGAAGGAGGUGGGUGACUGAGCAUGCAUCCUCUUUGAUCCUUCAGUAACUUUGCUUCUAAACCUUUCACCAGAAAUGAAAAGAAUAUCAGACUGUGACUUAAAUUUGAGUUUCAUGGUCAGUAACUGAGCAUUGUUUGAGAAUUGGUGCCUUAACUCAACUUAUAAAUCAGUGUUGCAGAUUUGAUGCUCUGCACUGCCAGGUUGUGCCAGAUAAAGAAAUAUGAUUUAAUUUGCAGGUGUUUGGCUUCACAUUCUUACUUGUCUGUUAUAAUCAGGUGUCUUGCUUACUGAUAUUGGAUUGGAAUGUGACUAGAUCUAGCAUCACUUGGUGCAGUGAUAGCUGAUGCUGUGAUGCCAUAUUCUGACAGAAUUCUUGAACCAUUAAUUGGCCACAGACUGGGAGAGAGAAAUGUGUGGGAGCCCAGACUGAACAGAUCACUUUCAGAUCUGUGAUCCCUUGGUGAUUGUUCUUUCAUUCUUCCUCCUCAUCAGUGGUCUGAAGCCAUGUUUGUUUUCAUUAAUCUCCUGGUCUCAAAUAUAACGCUAACACUUUACAAAGGCUUUCAGAGUAGCCAUUACUUCUGAUAAAGAUUUCAGGGAAUCGAGCAGUAACUACACCCUCGAUUGGAGAUCUUUGCAAAAUAAAUGCUGAUGAACUAGAUUUGUCAUUUAUCAGAUUGGUCAGUGUUCAGAUAUUCAUGAAGAAACUGAGCCCACAUUGUGCCUGAGAACAGAUUCAUCAUGCAGUCAGAGGAGGUUUGUUUGCUUCUAGAUGCCGUGGUGUUGGUGCCAAAGUUUUGGGGUGUUGAGGAAAUGCUUUUUUGGAAUGGGAGAAUGUUUUGGGGUACCAUGACAACAGGGGAAUGUUUGGGGUAUUGCGGUGAUAGGGGAAUGUUUUGGGGUGACUCAACAGUGCAAAUGCCUUCACUGCAAUAACUCUGCAGAAUCUCACAAAGUGCCUUCAGUAUUUCAGAAAUGUCCUAAUAAAUAAAAUUAUUUUUGUAUUAUUGUGUAAAAAUAAAAGAUUGCUUUAUUCAUAAAAGAAAUUAACUCUGUUUGCAUAUUUGGAGAAUUUAUUGGAUUCAGUAAUAAACUAGUCCACUGGUGAUACCUA